GUUGAUGCGAUCUUAGAUUCAAACUUUGAGCGUAUUGAAGAGGCUUUAGAAUCUGCAAAUCGAGCGAUAAGUACCGCGACACCUGAAAAUGUCCAUAGAAAAGCUGAUCCGCGAAUAUUGAUUCGUUUAUUUAGUGAUUUAAAAGAUAUAAUUUGUGAAGAUGAGCCAAUUUAUCUUUAUUCUGGCAUUGUGUCUAUUUAUGGCCGUUUGGGUAGCAUUGAUAAUAUAGUUUCAAAAGGUCUUGAAAAGAAUUAUGAUCCACACACGAUGCCGGAUCUUGAUAAUAAUCCUGUUGCCCAAGAACUUCGUAAACUUCUUUUCUCAACAUCAAAAGAAAUGCUACAAAAGUUUUUGAUGAAAGAUCGGGAACAACGUAAAGUACCGGGGCGGGCUUUAUCAAAGGAAGAUAAAGUUAUUUUACGGGCUGUAGAUAAUGCACUUCUUCGGUUAUAUGCAGAAUGUGAUGAUUCUGAUGAUUUAUUAAAAAGCCUAUUAGAGAGCGAGAAUGAAUGCACUUUAGCUCUUUGCGAACAACCUCUGAUUGACGCUAAAAAAAUAUAUUAUUUGGCCCUUCUUUAUAAAGAGAAAAAGGAAUACGCUAAAGCUUUGGAAAUUUGGCAUAGCAUUAUUGAGCAGGAAAAUCCUGAAAAAGGUUUACAUCAAAUAGUAGACUUACUUGGAAAAUGUGAUAAUCCAGAGUUGUUGUGGAAAUAUGCAAAAUGGGUAAUCCAAAAAGAUGAAAUUAUGGGCGCAAAGAUAUUCACUCAAAUGGAUCCAAAAAAACCUAUGAUUGUUGAACCUAGUAUAGUUUUAUCUGAAUUAAGGUCAGCCGGGAAAAGUGGCUUAAAAAUACUUUUAGAAUACCUGGUCAAUCUGCGUAAAAGCCAGGAAGAAUCGUAUCACACAGAACUAGCAAUUCUAUACAUACAAGAAAUUAUGGCUGAAUUGCUCAAGGAGGAAAGAAGGUUGAAAUUCGAAGAAAUAAAUAAUGAAUUCAUGAAAGGCUCGGAAGAUCCUGGGCUAACAUAUUUGACAUUCUUAUUGAACCAACAUACCGACGAUUCGUUGUCACAGGCUCGGGCUAAACUUAUAAUGUUUCUUCAAUCUUCAACAAAAUAUAACGCGGAAGAAAUUUUAGUAAAACUGGAAGAGGUCGAGAUAUUGAAAGCGGAACUUGCUGUUAUUUAUGGAAAGUUAGGCCAUCAUGAAGAUGCUUUGUAUAUCUUAAUUCGUGAUUUGAAAGAUUAUCGUGGUGCCGAAAUUUAUUGCCUUAGCGUGGGUCGUAUAAUUGGCAUAGUUCGCAAAAAUACUAAAAAACAAGUUGAAAAGAAAAUUUCUGAAGAGAAAACCCUCGUUUCAAAUAGAAAAUGUCUGUUUUUGAUGUUACUGAAAGUUUAUCUUAACAUAGACAAAGGUACAAGAGAAUUGCAAGAAAAAAUCAUUCAUUUAUUAAAUACACAAGCUGUGUAUAUGGAUAUCAUGGUGGUUUUGGAACUUCUCCCUGAAUAUUGGUCAGUUCAUAUAUUGAAUGAAUUUUUAAUUCGUUCUUUAAGACAAACCUACCAUGAAUAUAGAGAGGGUCAAAUUCUCAAAGGACUUUGUGAAAGUGAAAAAGUAACG